AUGAGGAUGACCACCGGUCGUAUAGGAAGACUCGACGUGUUCGAUCCAGCAAUCGAAACGUGGACGACUUACGAAGAAAGGUUGGAUAAUUACUUCACAGCAAACGAAGUGGACAACGACAAAAAAGUUCCCGCGCUUCUGAGCCUCGUGGGGCCCAAAACGUAUGCACUGUUAAGGGACUUAACGGCACCCGACUUGCCAAAGUCUAAGACAUAUCAAGAACUCACAAAAGCAUUAAAGGACCAUCAUUCACCGAAACCAUUAGUGAUUGUCGAAAGAUUUAGAUUUCACAAGCGUGACCAGAAGGAGGGAGGGAGCGUGCGUGAGUACAUUGCUGCUCUUCGAAAACUCAGCGAACUCUGUGAGUUUAAAGAUGUUUUAUAUGACACAUUAAGGGACAAAUUUGUGUGUGGGUUAAGAAAUGAACAAAUACAAAAGAAACACAUAUCCCCUACGUCCGGUAUCAACAAGCUUAGCACGUAUAAAGACAAGAAAAAAGGUCACCAAAACAAAUCUACGGCAGCCCAGCAGUGUUAUCGAAGCAAUGGAAGCCAUGCCUCGGAUGCCUGCAGAUUUAUCCAGGAAACGUGUAGGCAGUGUGGAAAAAGGGGACACAUACAACGAGCUUGUCGUUCAAAACCAUCUGUGAAACCAGCAAAAAAGAACAACAGGAAAAAUAUACACGAAAUGGAAGUGUCAGAUGAUUUUGAACCAAUGUUUUCACUAAGUGGCAGCGCUAUGGGAGGAUUCAAGGAUGCAAUUUGGAUAAAACCCCAUGUGAAUGGAAAUGAAUUCCCUAUGGAACUGGACACAGGAUCAGCAAUGUCGGUUAUCAACAGCGAAACCUACGGUAAAAAAUUUCCAAACGUAAGGUUGACAGACGCCGACAUUACCCUUAGAACAUACUCUGGAGAAAAUAUCAAGCCACUGGGUGUGUGUUCAGUCAACGUAAAAAUGGAUGAUCAACAACAACAAUUAAAGUAUGUAGUUGACAAGGGGGGACCACCCUUAUUUGGUCGUGAGUGGCUAAGAAAACUAGACUGGGCCGAAAUCAAGGCAUUGGAGACUAGCAAACAAAGUGUAAGGGGAGUACUUGAGAGAUACAAAAACGUGUUCACUGAUGAUCUGGGAAUGCUGAAGGACAUAUCUGCAAGAAUAAAAGUACAGGAGUCUGCAACACCCAAAUUUUGUAAAGCUCGAGUUGUACCAUACUCGUUGCGCCCCAAAGUCGAUCAGGAACUGGACCGUCUUAUCAAAAAAGGAAUCCUUAGCAAGGUAGAACACAGUGAAUGUGUUACCCCCAUUGUUCCUAUUCCAAAAAAGGAUGGAUCUGUGAGAAUUUGUGGUGACUUCAAGGUCACAGUUAAUCCUGUCUUGGAUGUAGAACAGUACCCACUGCCAAAAAUUGAAGACAUAUUUGCAAGUUUGGCAGGAGGACAAAAGUUUACAAAAUUGGACUUGAAAAACGCCUAUUUACAAAUGACAAUGAGGGAACAGGACAGACCAUACCUUACAAUAAACACUCACUGUGGACUGUUCCAGUAUCAGAGACUCAAGUUUGGAAUAGCCUCCGCCCCAGCAAUAUGGCAGAGAGCCAUGGAUACAGUUUUGCAAGGACUAGAAGGAGUACACUGCAAUAUGGAUGAUAUGAUCAUAACCAGGAGAACGGCUGAGGAACAUCUAGAAAACUUGGAACAAGUUUUGAAGCAACUCAAUCGUUAUGGAUUAAAAGCAAAUGUUGCUAAGAGUGAGGUCAUGAAGGACAAAAUCGAAUUUUGUGGCCAUGUUUUAGACGCAGAAAGUUUGCACAAGACAUCAAAGAAAAUUGAGGACGUACUGAAUGCCCCUGAACCAAAGAAUGUGUCCGAACUCAGAGCCUUCCUGGGACUUGUGAAUUACUAUGGACGUUUUAUGGAGAACUUGGCUACUCACUCAGCACCAUUGUAUAACCUUCUUAAAGACAAUUCUAGAUUCAUUUGGUCAGAACACAUGCAAAUUGGCAUUUCAGAAAAUCAAAGAACUUGUGACGUCAGACCAAGUACUGGUCCAUUAUGA